AUGGAGCAAUUAAAAGCAUUGACAAAAGGGCGCGCCAGACUCAAGGCCAAUAUCACACGGAGCUUGGCUUGGGCUGAGGACGCGCAACAUUCGAACGCCACACGGGCAGAGGUGUCUUCGCGGCUGGAGCAUCUCAACACAACAUGGAAAGACUUCAAUAGAUUUGGUGAUGAAAUAGCUAUGCUCGACGAAGUAGAUGGCUAUGUGGAUCCGGAGCAUGACAACAUAUUCUACGAGGAAAAAUAUCUAAGGGCGCAUGCAUUACUUUCGGCGAUGUUUAUGAAGCUGCCAACAACAACAAGGUCGGAUACAGCAACAUUACGGAAGGUGUCAGACGGCGCCAAUGAAAUAGUGCGUGGUUUGGAUGCCAUAGAGGAAACAGGACGAGACUGUUGGAUCAUCUACUUGACGCUGGAGAAGCUGGAUGCAGAUACUCGACGCAGGUGGAUCGAGCGCAGUGUGGAGACAGACUCACCCACACUGGAGGAAUUCUUCAAAUUUUUGGAUGCACGUUGCGAGGAACUAGAGCUCAGCAAGCGUGAAACAAUCGGAGGCAAGACUACAGCCUCAAUCGGUGACAAGGGAAGGAAGGUCACACAUUCGCUGGUUGUACUUGAAGGAAACAAGUGCAGCAAAUGUCAUUCUACAGAGCAUCGUCUGUAUGGAUGCCAACAAUUCUUGGAUAUGUCAGCAGGACAGAGGUUUUCGUUUGCCAAGGAAAACGCUCUAUGUUACAAUUGUCUGAAUCCUGGUCAUGGGGUCAGAAAAUGCAAAUCUACGUUCAAGUGCAGACAAUGUAAAGGUCAGCAUCACUCACUGUUGCACCUGCAACGCACGCAACAGGCUAUUGGAACAAUCUCUCAAACUGGUGAGGAUCAGGAGGAUCCUAGCGCACACAUUUCAACGGUGGCUACGAGUCACAUCGCACAAGCAGAAGGUUCUGCAGCAAUUGUAUGUGCACAAGGCAGUGCAAAUUCACAACAAUCAACUGGAUGGAACAGGAGCACCUUGCCUACGGCCAUGGUCAACGUUCGCAACGCAAAGGGAGAUUUGGUAGCAUGCCGACUCCUAUUGGACACGGGUUCAGAACUGUCGUACAUAUCUGAGCGCUGUAUACAAACACUUGGUUUGGCUCGUACGCCAUCACGCAUACUGGUUACGGGAAUUUCAUCAACCCAAGCAGACACUACAAGGGGAUGCAGCACUAUAAGCAUCCAAUCCCGUAUUUCGCAAAAUCAGCUGGUAGUCCAGGCUCACGUGCUUGGAAAGAUUACGUCAUCAUUGGAAAGGCAGACCAUCGACGCGUCUGUACUUCGAGUUUUCAACGAUCUGCAAUUGGCAGAUUCGCAAUUUAGCACGAAUGCCCCAAUUGACAUUCUUUUGGGCAGCGAACACGUUUGGAGUGUUAUAACUGGAAGAAAAAUCUACGACGACAAAGGAAAGCUCAUUGCUAUAUCAUCAAUUUUCGGAUGGGUAAUUACAUCACUGCUUUCAUCACGCGCAUGCAGCGCUACGGCACUUACAACAACAAUAGACAUCGAUGCUUAUCUCAGAAGGUUCUGGGAACUGGAAAGCAUACAUCGCAAAGCAGAAGUUCAACCUGAAGACGAGGAGGUGGAGAAACACUUUCUUGCAACACACACUCGAGACAAACAAGGCAAGUACAUCGUGGAACUUCCGUUUAAAGUAUCCGAAACACAAUUCGCAGAUACACUUCAAGGAGCGCUGCAGAGGUUCAAAUCAGUUGAACGACGUUUAGCACAGAAUCAACAAUUACGUAACGACUACGUAAAGUUCAUGAGGGAAUACCAGGAGCUAGGACAUAUGCGAGAAAUCUCACCGAGCGAAAUUCCCAAGGGUAGGAAUUUCUACUUGCCACAUCAUCCCGUAUUGGGUCGGAAUCUUAGAGUGGUUUUCGACGGCUCAUAUCAAGACGCCAAAGGCAUGGCAUUAAACGACACGCUCUCAAUCGGACCGAGUAUUCAGCGAGACCUAUUUGCUGUGUGCUUGCGAUUCCGUAUGUACAAAUACGUCUUUUCAGCGGACAUAGUCAAGAUGUUCCGUCAAAUAUGGGUGAGCGAAAAACAUAGAGACUAUCAAAGAAUCGUAUGGAGAGAGGAUCCCUCAGAUCCUAUCAAGCACUUCCAACUAUGCACGGUGACGUAUGGAACAUCAUGCGCACCAUUUCUAGCAGUCAGAGUGCUAGAGCAACUAGCUGCUGACCAUAAGCACGAGUUUCCGAACGCAGCAAAAAUCGUGUUGGAGGACUUCUAUGUCGACGACGUUCUCACUGGAGCAAAUAGUGAGGAUGAGCUGCUACGCAACAGGGACGAACUGGUCCAACUGAUGUCCUGUGCUAACCUAGAGCUCGGGAAAUGGGUAUCGAAUACCAAACGCAUCAAAUCGGAGGAUAACACGGAUUCCUCACAAUCACCAGUCAAAGUGCUAGGGCUGCAUUGGCACCCUGGAGAGGACACAUUGUCAUACAAUGUAAACCUAUCGGAAGACCCUCGCUGCACCAAGAGGCAAGUGUUGUCGGAUGUCUCACAUGCAUCCACCAAGGCGUACUCAGCGGUGGUAUACAGCCGAGUGGUUAACGACGAUGGAACCAUUUCGGUCGCCAUACUUGCUGCAAAAACCAGAGUGGCACCUUUGAAGCAGCAGUCUUUGCCGCGCCUGGAACUAUGUGGCGCACUUCUAUUGAGUCAACUUCUGCAAUCCAUAAAAGCUGGACUAAUGAACAACGACGUAACGAUCUACGCAUGGAGUGAUUCGACGAUAGUCCUGUCAUGGUUAUCGUAUUUACCAGCCCAACUCAAGACGUUUGUUGGGAACCGCACUUCAGAAAUCCUCGAAACCAUCCCGAAGCAUGCAUGGCGGCAUGUAGACUCAAAAUCGAACCCAGCGGAUUGCGCAUCCCGUGGCUUGGGAGUAUCCGAGCUCAUUGACUUCCAAUUAUGGUGGAAGGGUCCUUCAUGGCUGAGGGACAAGGAACAAUUCUUGGAAAGGUUGAACAAUACUCAUAACUGUACUUCUCUUUCAGACAAACGCAUACAAGACGAAGUCAAAACUACCUGCCUAGCUGCGCAGACGAAUGUCACGACGGACAACCCAUGGGAUAAGCUUCUCAAUCGCAACUCAUCUUGGCUGAAGCUUAUACACACACUUGCUUACGUUUUGCGCUUCAUUCAUCGCAUGAAGCACCCAUCUUCGAAACAAACAUCGAACUCUCUAACGUUCGAUGAGAUCAAGGCAGCAAGGAUUCGGUGGCUGCAACACGCUCAAGCUGGUUUUCAACAGGAGUUCCAGUUGCUACGCGCAAACAAGGCUCUAGGGAACCAAUCUCAAUUGGUCAAGAUCUCACCAAUCAUCGACAAGGACAACCUGCUAAGAGUAGGUGGACGAAUCCAACAUUCGCAGUUGUCAGCAGAGGCGAAGCAUCAGCAGCGUCCUAAGUGGACCACGCCAACCCCUAACAUUUCGAUCGGCAGCGUUGCGCUCGUCAAGGAGUCCAACACACCACCAGCAUUAUGA